UCUUUAUGAUUCCUAAGUACCACUUGCUUUCUUCCGGAGCUUCGUGGUCAACAUAAGUCAAUGAUGAAAGAAUCGCAUGAAAAUGCAGAAAAGAAAAAAUUAAAAAAGAAGGUAACUACAUCUUAUGAAAGAUAACGGAUAGGUGGUUUUCAGUUUGGUUUCCUGUCACCAGGACACAAAACUCCAAUAAUUUGGGCCACUCGAUGGGCAUCUUCCCUUAAAUGUAUCAUCGGUGAGUACAGCACUGAAGUUUCUCUAAUGCCAGGUGAACACAUCAUGUAACGGCUGCUGCCAUAUUUUUCCGAAGAGGAAAAGUAAAUACACAGAGCAAGGGGUAGCGAUGAACAAAGCCUCGAUAAGAAAUGGGAGAUAAGAUUCCAUAUGAACUGCAAACUGCAUCCUGGCUUAUACUUACAUGAAUCCUGGUUUUGCAGAGUGUAGAUCAAGCCUGUGCUGAGAAGCAGUGCUGUUAAAAGUGAAAAUGUAGUGUCAACUAAAAGAAGACAGAGGGGAAAUAAGACCUUUACUUAAAAAGAAACUGUUGAUAUUUAGAGUUUUUCAGGGUAUAGACUUGCAGAGUUCGUACAUGAUACUUUAAUGAACUUCAUUAACUCUAGAAAGAAGUACAAAUGUUACAUUGGGCUUUGAAAGAGAUUUAAAAUGGACUGGAAGCCCAAAUGCAAAAGGUUGGACUCUUGGAGGCUGCUGACUAUUGUGCUUCUUCUUCAUUCAUUUGAACGCCUCCCUCCAAAAUACCCUUGCUGCCAUUUUCAAGCUAAUAAAAGUUAAUCACAUCAGGGAGAUGCUGUCAGGAAAACUCAGUUUAUGCUAUUGAUAUCCGGAAAAGAGAAGCAACAACAGUCACAAGAGGCUUUUUCAUUAAAAGCUCUUUUAAAUAUGGCAGUAGUUUGUGGGAGAGCUGAAAAAAUAUGAGAGAACUCAAGAAUCGCGUUAAGGAGAAGGUGAGAAUCGAGGUGGAUGCAUCUCAGGACAAGCCCCUCUCCCCCCGCUGCAGGGGCCAGGCUCUAUUCUAACGGGACUGCUCGUUCUUUCCAGUCCAAGCGGCAUCACACAGGCACCGAGAGUUACACUUGGAGUUUCGCAAACCUUUUCUGGGAGCAAAAUGCAAUUUGCAUGGAUUGUGCCUGUAGCGAUUUCAUUGUUGAUGCACUUCAAAGCAGAAGCAUGCGGUAAAGAGAACAUGACUGCUACCAAACUUCCCCGUGGCGCUGCAGAAAUAUGCGACAAAGGGAAAAUGACUGCUAACACUAGUUCUACUGUCCAGCUUGGAACCAUUGUCACCCUCUCCUGCCAGCUGAAAUCCCUGCAACACACUGAGCAGUGCAGGAUAGCUAUUUUCUUUAACAGCUCUGAACUAAAUACCAGUUACAGCAGUUCAGUAAGCACUGCGUUUCAAGUCCUUACGUAUGGCAAACACGUGUUUACAUGCAAAAUAGUUUGUGAAUACAAGAAAAAACUUAUUUGUGGCAUCGACAUAGAAUCUGGAACUGCACCAGAUGAGCCAAGAAAUGUGUCGUGCAUCCAGUAUGGGACAGAGGGGCAUCCCACCUGCACCUGGGAUAAAGGAAGGCUCACGUAUAUCAACACUAUAUAUGUAAUACAGCUAUCCAAUGGGACUGAUCUCUCAUGCAUUUCAGAAGAAAGCCUGAAUAAGAAGUCUGGCUCACUGGCCCUGAGCAAAUUGAAUUUUGAUUCUACUUACACUGUUGCGGUUGCCGCCUUCAACGAGCUAGGAAGUGCUUUUUCACAGCCGCUUAUGUUCAUGUUAAUAGACAUAGUGAAACCACACCCUCCCAACUUUUUAGUGGAAUUUGAAAAUUCUUCUGUGACCAACUGCACCUUUUUUGGGUUCGCUGAAGCACAAGCACAGCACUGCAGACUGAGAUACCGCCCGCUGGCCAGGCACACCUGGAGCACGGUUGCAAGCAUAAACAUUGAGAAAUGUACUCUUCAUGAUCUGGAGCCCCACACAGCCUAUGAGUUUCAGGUCAGCUGUAAAAUUCAUCCUGAGCGAGGACUGUGGAGCGACUGGCAGGCGUACCAAACCCAGACCCCAGAAGCAGUGCCGACUGGGCUCCUGGACGUUUGGUACCGACAACAAGAUGCGGACUCCCAAAGACAAACCAUCUCUCUUUUUUGGAAGGCUUUGAGCAAUUCGGAGGCGAGAGGAAGAAUCCUGUGGUACACGGUGACCUUCAAAGCCCUGGACCAGCAGGGUUACCCAGGAGGAGAAGAGCACCUUACCACCCAAACCAGCUACACCGAAGUCAUGCUGAGGGGGGACUAUAAGAUAACGGUAACUGCUGAGAACUCAAGGGGCAGGUCUCCCCCCGUUUCCAUCAUCACCAAACUGGGCACCGAGGAUCUACCUUCUCCCCAGCAAGUCUCUGUUGUAGCCAUGGGAAAUAGCAGCAUCCUUGUCAGCUGGAAAGCGCCUAUCCGAUUGACUGCAUCCAUCAGUGGAUAUGUAGUGGAGUGGGUGGACACACAGAAGGGCACACGCCUGGAGCCCAAGCCAGCCUGGGUGAAGCUUCCAGCAUCCAGCCUCUCCACAGUGAUAUCAGAGCACAUAAAAGAUAACGUGUGCUAUCAGAUCACCGUGUUUGCACUCUACGGGGGCAGAGCUGGACAAGUGGCCUCAGUAAGGGGAUACUCAAGAGCAGAAGCACCAUCAUCUGGGCCCCAGAUGCAUACAACACUGAGGGCAAAUGGCAUCCUUGUUUUAUGGGAAGCAAUCCCUGCCCACCAGCAGAGGGGCUGCAUCACAGGGUACCAUAUAUACCUAUGCAAAAAGGACAGAGAGGAAGCCUCGGAUGUCUACUUUGUUUCCAAUGUAUCCGCUCCACGCUCGCUGUACAUCACGGACCUGCAGCAUGGGGAGCGCUAUGCCCUGUGGAUGACCGCAUCAACAGCUGCCGGAGAAGGGCCCCGUGGCAACAGCGAGCUCAUCUACUUGGAAGGUGCUGGGGACUGGAUGACAGCUGUGCUUACCUGCAGCUUCCUUAUCUUCUCAGCCUGCAUUUGUUCCGUGCCUCCAGUAAGAAAAGUGUUACACUCGCUCCUCUCUGUGCUCGUGCCGCAGUGGCAGAGCAAAGCCAUCCCAGACCCGGCUAAUGCUACGUGGGCCAAGAACUACACAUUGGUGAAGGCUGAGCUGAACUCGCCCUCCAGCCUCUUCCCGUACAGUGCCAGCAGCCUUGAAGAGCCCGAAACAAUACAAGUAGAAGAAGUCCUCGUGAAGCCCAAUCCCACAGCCUUCCAGGACAAGCUCCUCUCUGGCAGCGUUGGCAGCAAGGGGAACAGCGAGUGGCUGCUGGAGAGCAGUUCAGGGCAGGAGGAGCCGGAGUAUCGGCUGCUGCCCAGCGCAACAGAUGGGGAGGUUCAGCAGCAGCAGCCGCCGCCUCCCGGGCUUUACAAGAGGAUUGUGGUGGAGGAGACUGAGCACACACAGACUGUUUCUGAAUACAUUGCCAACCCCAUCACUGACACGACUGCUGCGUACCCACCCCUGGCUACAGGCACUACUGAAGACCACUCUGAACUCAAGUGCAAUCCACUCUCCAUCUUCCCAACAACCUUUUUGACACCCAAACUUUCCUAUGAAGGGAGUCUUACUUUGGAUACUGUGAAAAUAUGCAGCUCCUUCCCAAGGUAGGCAGUCAGGGUGAUGUAAUCCUGGCCCAAUUUUUUUGCACUUUACUGAAAUAUCUGAGCGUGUUUUGGUACAGCCAGUCCAGUAACUUGCACUGACACCUUGGAGUGAUAAAAACCCAAAUCACAAACCAUUCCAGCACCGCAAGUCACACUUCAUCAUACAACAUAGCAGCUCCUCACCCACCCAGCACCUUCAGGUGGAAUUAAAGACAGAUCAGGAACGCCAGGGCUGCCUGACCCAUCUUCAGGAGAGGUGAAUUAACUACUCAGAUGCCUUCACUCAGCCUGAGCUGCCCCUGUCCCACCACCUGAUCAUGAAUGGCUAAUCCUGGCUUGGUCCUUGGUCCACCACAGAAAUCAGAGCUGUGCUAUCAUUUCAACCAUCGCCGGCUCAGAGAGUGAGGAGUUCUGCCAGGGCCAGAACCCAGCAUCCCAGCCUCAGCAGGAACACAGCUGCAGCCCUUGCUCCUCCCAGCUGUGCACUGAGUAGCAACACAGCAUGGGAACAUCUGUAUCCACUAGUCCUGAACUUAAUGCCCAACACACAUUCCCCAUGGCAGCCCCAGUUUUGGAUGAAGUCACUUUAUCCCCUGUGACACUGGUGCUACAGCAGAUGUGGGCACUGAAGGACACGGCUGCAGCAGGGCUGGUGGCUGAGCCACAGCCACCCGGCCUCCACAGCUCAGUUCUAGAAAGGAGAAAUCCUCACCAGAAAUAAAAGCAAGUAACCCUUGUGCACAGUAAGUCAAAUGGAAUGGUGAGAAUUUAAAUCAUUUAUUUUGAAGAAUUACUCUAACUACAAGCUUGAAGUAUGUGUUACACAUGUAAUGACUCUGUUAACUAAUGUGCGUAUAUGUGUGUGUAUAUAUAUGUAUAUAAAUACAGUGUUGGAAACCUUGAAUUUGUUUCCUGUUGUUUCCUUUGCUCAAGCGCUGCACUGUAGCUACACACAGAAUCAAGUGUUUUUUAAAAAUAAAGCUGAAGCGCUGCUGCUAGAGAUGAGGUAGUCCAGACCUGAACUUACCUGGAGUAUCCUCCUCCUACCCAGGAUCCUGUGGCUGCUCUCCAUCCACAGCCAGCUACUCAAGCUGUUUAGUGGCACAAAUCAGCAAAGGAACCCUCCUGUGACACCACCAUCUCAAAGCACGGAUAGUCCUUACCCAGCUCAGUGGGGGAAUGGCUCUCAGCAGCCCUGCAAACAUCAUCUUCCAUAGCAGCGGCAGAUGGACUGGCACCGUGAGGCUGGUACCUCACGGUCACAGCUCUGUGUUAGGGAGAUCUCCAUGGGCUUUUCCCCCCUAGCUUUUAUUCCGGAUGUGGCUGGUUUACCCUCUACAGGAGGUCCGUACACUCCUGCGUUGCAGAACAAGUCUGGCAGUUGAUCACUUGGCACACACUGCUUUCUGAGCUGGUGCCAGACGGGCUGGGCUGUUCGCAUUCUCUGGUUUGCCAAGGUCCGCACCUCCUCCGGCACGGCGAGCACACCUCUGCAAUACACAGGAGUAUAUGAAAAUAGUCCACGGACGUUACUAUUCAGCUUUUUUUAGGAAUGCGAAAUUCAAAUCCUGGCACUGGCUCUCUGCGGUCAGCUUUCAGUGACAUCUCUCUGCACUUCCCACAAUGCCCAGAGCAUUUCCUUUUGAUGAGCACAAGUGAUUCCAAGUACCCCUGCUAUUCUCAUGCCUUAGCUUUCCAGUCUUCUGAAAGUUGAAAAUAUAACACGAUCAGCAAUGACUCGGCUGUUGUUAGCCCACAGCCACACAUAUUCUCAGGAAGCAGAUGUGCCCUGGUAAAGUCAGUGCAGCCUAAGCAGCCCACAGGAUUCAGCACACCUCUCGCUGCCACCUCCCAUCAGCCACCUGCAAGUUCCCAACAACCCCACCAAGAUGUGUUCUGUAGCUGGAGCCUGCAGUCAAUGCUGGGGGUUCAACAGCGUGUUGUCUCCUAAAAGCCAUUCCUUGCAAUAAGGAACCAAGGGAGAGACUUGGAGACCACUGCUACCUAAGAAACUCCUUUCCCAAAGCAGAGGGAAAGGUACUGCAGGGCAACACGCAGGAGAAGCAGCACUCCAGGUAACAGCUUUGCCUGCUCUCACACUGUGCACUUGAGGAGUCCUCUGCAGCACAAAGACUGCUUUGCAAGAUGGAUGUUCCCACCGCGGUGCUGGGUGCACACCGCAGCCAUUCCACCACCCUGGCACAGGGACCCACAGUACCUGCACCCAUCCCUCAGCUCACCUGCGUGGGACGCUGCCCAUGACCUCUCCCAGACAGGCCAAGGGAUCCUUCUCAUGCCAUGGCUGCAGCAAAGCUUAUUCCUCCUGCAAGGCAGCUCAGCAGUCACUGAAGGAUGAGAAUACUUACCCUCACUGCUCAGCCGCUGGGCACAAGCUCACCAGUCACAGCAGAAGCUGGGCACCGGCGAAAAAUGAUUCCAAGAUGUGCCAGUGAACACACAACACAGCCUCUCAUCGAGAGCUGUAUGUAUCCAUUAAGACACUGCACACAGCCUGCCCCACCACAGUAUCAAUGCAAGCAACGUUCACUCCUGCCCACUUUCAACAGGGCUGUUAACGCCAGCAGUUUUGGUCCACAGGCUCCCCAUGAAAUCACAUGCAAGGAGGCUUUGCAGCAGCUCUCCGAUGCAACUCUCCUCACGUAGUUACCAGAAAUCUAGUUUUCAGUUGUAUUUUGAGACAGUAUUUCAACACUGGGACUUGUUUGCAUCCUCACUGCCACCUCCAAACAGGCUCAGAACCUCCAUGCUCAAGGUCACAGCUCGGGCAUGGAUGUGCUAAAACAGGACAGCAAGGGAAGAUGCAGUUCCACACGAAAGCAGCUUUAACAGCAGUCCACUGGUGCAUGAAAAAACACCAGAGUACCAAUGGUCAUCUUCUCCCGCUCUGCCUCCCUCCUGCCCCACACUGCUGCCCACCAAGUGCCAUGUAACACCACAGAGCUAUAGAACACUUUCUUAGGAAGAAGGACAGAAACAAGUUUUUACCUUGUCCUUUAUGACACAACGGAAAUCCUGCAGUUUGUCAAGUACAAAGCCCAAACGUGACUGGGCAUGCACCAACUCAAACUCAAGAACUGAACAACUGCAGUAAACCAAAUCCUGCACCUGGAUUCACCUUCAUUCUGCCUAGGAAGGAAUGCACGAGGAAAAUAAUUCUCACUCACCUCUUGGUGUUAUGAUGACCUUUGUGGCAAUGCCUCAUGGGUGAAGGCCAAACAGCUCAAGCAGACUUAUCAGUGACUAUGGGAAAGAUCACGCCCUUAGGCAGUGAACCAACAAAACUGCAGCAGCCCGGGCUCAUCUGAAGCUGCCCACAAGCACCAGCCUCGACCCAGGUCCCCUCCUCUCCCGCAGUCCAGCUAGCGAGCCAAUAGGUUUACUACUCUCUGCCAGUGACACAAUCAUUGUACAGACACCCAGACAGUCACCCAGGUGACAGCCACCAGCUCACCGACUCAAGUUUAUUUUCUUAUUUUUGAGUUGCAAACAUUGCUGAAAUAUGGAAAAAAACACCAGAAGCUCCUACUUGCCUUCUCUCUCUUAGGGAAUGGAAGUGACAGCAUGCUGUAACCUCUCUGUCAGAAACGGCUGACCAGGGGGCAGUUCUGCAUAUCCUCCAACUCAAGCCAAAGCCCUGCAGCCCUGCCAGCUUUAGCCCUGGGGAGAAGCCACCAGCGGGCUCUGGCCACAUCCCAGCAAAACAGGGCAGACACUGCUGCUUCACUGCUAGGAACAAAUCCAGUGCUGCUUUCUCAGUGAGAAUUAUGUCCUCCUCUUGCACUGCCUUUUUGCAUUGCUGUCAAGUAUUUCACCUGCAAAAACAACAUACGUAAGGGAGACAAAAAAGCUACACUCAGACCAGCCUCUGGCAAGGCAGGGAAGCACUGUUCCCACUCCUGCAUGAGGCCACUCACACUACCAGCUAUACAGAAAGCACACAAUUGUUUGUUGUUUUGCAAAGUACCGGCUCCAUGAUUGCACUUUGAGCCUAGCAGCUGGUUUCAAGGUUUGGUCUCCAGCCUGAGGCACAGCCAUGUGUCGUCUUCAGGCUGGCUUGGUGUCCCUCAAAGGCAAACAUUUCAUGCAGAUAUCCAAGACAAAGCCCCAUUUUCAUCCUCUCUAUACCCAAUCCGGCAACCAUCCCGCAAGCAGAAUCUGGCUGGGUAUUAGAUAAACCACUACCUCAAGUCAGCUGCCAACGACCAAAUUAGACACCCAAUACCAAGGAAAGGUGUUUUUAUAAAAAGGCAACCCCCCCAUGCCGUUCUGUCAGUCAUCUAUUUCUGCAUAUUGACUUUCAGCAUACGGACAACAGAACACUAGAGCACAUUUUGUCCUUGCUCUUCAAGUCUCUAGAUAAACCCCCACACGGAGCUUCCUAUAAAGACUUACUCCAACAAUGAGCACCACUAGUAGGACAAUGACCAAACUUUCGUAACUCCUCCCUGGAAAUCUCCCAGUUAAGGACGAAUGAAUCAUUUUCCCCACAGCUGGGUUACAUCCCCCCAGCAAGAACAUUACUUUUAGCCUUUCCAGAGUGCAAGAGGGGGCGUGUUGACUGCUGUCCUGGAACACAGUACUUGCUCCAACACAGACCCAGACGGGCUAGGAGGCCGUUACCUGGUGAAGACAUACCAGAACAGGAACACACAAUGGAGAUAACAAGGACCUUGUAAUUAGGAAAGAAGCAGGUUAGCAAAUGCUGCAAGCAUCAGCUUUAGGCAUAUGUCCUGCAUUUAUUAAAACAAGAGGCGUGGCUAUGCAAACCAAUCUCCAUGGGCACAGAGCCAUUACAGGUCAGAGUGGUCUCAACUCCUUCAACUGCAAAUACCAUGUAUUCACGCUGACUUUUGAUGUUCCAGAAUAAUUUAUGUUGGCUAACACUCGCAUUUAUUAAACAGUCUUGUUUCCUCUCAGUAUCAGUGGCAUUCAGUCUGUAAGAUGAACUUUCAUGCUCAAACCUUGCCAUCACGACAUUCAAAAGCCAAUUUGCACCACAUGCUUCUCUCUGUUUCUAACUUUUUCAAAUUGUUCAGACUUUAAAAGGUCUAGUCCUCUGGAUUUGGCGUGACAGCAAAAGUAGCAAGCAAGAGGACAGAAAAAUGUUACUAAAAAGCAAGCUCAUUAAUUGUAAAUAAGCUACUUGGAGGGAGAUGUUUUCCCAAGGCAAAGUCCACUGCUGGCAAUGGAAACGCCUGGGCACCAUUGCCAAACUGGACCUCUUGGGGCUGAGCCUAGACAAGACACUAUCUAAGUGGUUUUACCUCCAUCUGUUUUCAUGACAUUUUUAAAAGAGCAUGAAAAUAAACCUUUAUUUCAGUUAACACCCACCAAUAUUAAAGAUAAAUGUUCACAGUUUUAGUUCUUGACACAAAUGGACUGAAAGAGGCAAAUUUACAUCUAUCAGAACAGCAGAUGGAUCAAUUUUAAGUACAAGCUGUCUUGAAAAUUGUAUGUGACAUGUCGUUUGGGACACUGCUCUAUACUCUAAAGCAGGAGAAGGGAAAGCUUCUGGCAAAGUCUAGCUAGCAGGGCCUCAAACGACUGACAGGCUGACCCAGAAGACAUCUGGGAAAAAAAGUGAGCGGCAACUGGAAGAGCAAACACAACAUUUGGGCAAGAGGAGCAGGUUUACAUUACAGAGAAAGCUUUUCUGCAAGUGUAUUUCUGCAUAUCAAGGUAUUCACUUAAUUGUAUUAUCUGAAGCGUCCCUAACACUGGAACUGCAACACAUUCUACCAAACCACAAAGAGAGAGGGAAGAAGAACAACUCCAUGCCAGACCUCCAACAGCUGCCACACUGAGCACCUCUGUAGGAUUUGCUCAGCAUCAGGAGAAAGGAACCAAGAGAUUUCACCAUCCACUGUUUGAAAACUUGCCUCCUUCUCACAGCCUGGUACUUCAAACCACAGGCAAGUGCACUAAAAAGUCUAAUCCAAUGAUAUUAACAGUGGUUUACAAACAAAACUUUUGUAGAAAAUAUUUAAGAUAAAGCAAGCCAACUCAACACCACAGUUAAGGAAUUUGAUUUCAUAUUCAAAGGUCUCCAAUACUUUUUGACUGUCCUGUACAGCUUUUAAAAAAAUAGGGCGUUACCUUUUGUUUUCUAUCUACCUAGUUAAGAAACUACAAAUAUGUUCUAAGCUGUCCAAAGUGUAAAACAUUAAAUAAAACGAGAAUCCUGUUUCUAGUCUUCUAACAAAUGCUGCAGAUAAAAACCCUAAGAAACCCUCUUUAUUAGUCAUCCUCUCAUCUCCUUUUGUGUACUGAAGUGGUAAUGUUCCUGUUCAAAG